AUGGGGGACCGCACUCGACGUUCAGCCAUCUUUGACUCCUCGGAUCUCUCUUCAGACGACGAUUUCCCUAGCACCAACAAUAUGGCCGAGUCUACAUCUUCAUGGUUUCCCUCUCAUGCAACUCUUGAAAUUCUCCAGGCGCACCUGGAAGCCGACGCCGACUCUGACUCUUCCGAAGAUGCUGGACCGCGUGUGCACCCCGACUUCUUCGUCCACCUUGAGAGGUUACGAAGGAUCAACGAAGCCAAUCGAGUAAAUGCGCGCAGGGAAGUUGAAGCCUGGUAUGAAACAGCUUUUGGGUCCAACCAGUCCCAGCAUCAAGCUUCUCACAUAGCCAAUUCUCAUCCUCACGCUUCUGAUCUGCCUGAUGAGUCUCAGCAUGAAGCUGCGCGCAUGCUUGAAGAAUCCCAUCGUGAAAAUUCGCAAUUUAACAACGAACUCAACCAACCCUCGGACCCUGCCGGCGCCGAACAUAGAUUGCAGCCGCCAGCUAUGGGCGUGCGUGACCAACAUGAAACCCAAGAUUUCCCUGCAGCCGGUCCAUUUGAGCCGAUGCCGCAUAUUCUUUUUGAGGCGUCAGGUUACAUGGGUCCUGCUCACCCCAGGGAGAACUCUCAACAGCAUAGGCCUCCUUCUCCUUACCCAACGGCAGCUUGGGGUCAGUCUUCUACUGUUCCAGCCCCUGUGGAAACUCUUCCUAUGUCAGCACCUCAACCACAGAGGUAUACCGACUGGGGAAACCCUUACAGAUUCCCGUUCGAUCCGGCUCCGUUCCCUGAGGGUGCCACCCCUUAUGCCCCAGAACGUAUUCUUCAAGCAUGGCUCAUUCGGCAGCAGCUUAUUGCCGGUGUUAGUCCUGAAGACAUUCAGCCCAUGGCAGUCCCACGCGGAAGACGGCACCGAACACCUCCUUACAUCGUACUCAAUGACAGUGGUGCCCAUAUCAUAAGAAUUGAGCCUGCCACAUUCGAGGGUGCCAUGCUUCCUCUGCCCGCCCUUCCUUGGCUGCCGCGGCGCGCAAAUCUCAACGCAUCCACUACACCUGUUUCAUCUAAUGCACCCGAUGCUUCGGUUCUGCCCACUGCCCCAAACACCGUGACUGCUCCAGAUCCUGUGGUUGCUCCAAGCUUAGCUGGUACUCAAUACUUAUCGGAACCCCGGGAAUUUUCGGCCGCUCUAACCCCAACGGCUGCCCCAACUCUGUCAGCUGCCACAAAUUCGCCGGCUGCUACAGUACUACUCACUGCUCUAACCCCACCGGCUCCUCCAAAAGCCCCAGCUGAUCCAAGCUCGGCUGCUCCAAGACUAUCGUUCGCUCCAAAUUUAUCUGCCGCAAAUUCGUCUCCUCUCUCACACUUGCAAGCUGCUGCAACCUUGCUGGAUGCUCUAACCCCACCGGUUGCUCCAGCCUUGCCAGGCUCCACUGUUGUUUUGGAUCCAACUUCUGUACCGGAACGAAUUUCGGAAGAUUCGAGUCAACAUGUUGCAGAAAGUCAGAAUCCAGAUCCGCGUAUGGUGGCCUUCUUCCAACCUCUUAGGCUACAUGGACCUGCUAAUUCAGUCUCAGCGUCUGUGCCAGAUGCGCAUCCAGAAACACCAAGCACGUCUGAGUCCGGCUUCAACGAGAACAGCCAAACUUCCGUGAUUGCCCUUCAGCCACAUUCGCAAGCCAGUGUGCCCCUGGCUGUGCAAAACCGUACCGAUGCUGGUCUUAUCAGUUCUCAAGAAACCCACUCCCCUGGGGUGUCUUUUGCCCAUUCGCAUGAUCGAGAGUCUUUGGCUAUCUCUCCUUUGUCGAACGAAGGGACCGAGACCCGGAACAUUCCUGCUCGUCAGGCCCCCAAUGGCAAUGGGAUUGUGCAUCACGCAGUCACGUUUUCGGAGCCUGAGGACCCAGAGGAGCCUGCCACGCCUCGUCUCUGUCGUUUUGCCAUCGAUGGAGCGGAUGAAUCGCUCGGUGUGGGACGGUUGUCUGGGAAGGUUAAGGCCAUCGGGGAUCAAUCCUCCUCAGGAGGGUUGAUUUGA